GGCGGGACCGCGGCGCUAGGGGCAGGCGGGCACGGAUGGCGGCGGCGAGGGGCGCCUGAGCGGGCCGGGGCCAUGAGCGCCACCCGGCCCCAGUUCAGCAUCGAUGACGCCUUCGAGCUGUCCCUGGAGGACGCGGGCCCGGGGCCCGAAUUCAGCGGGGUCGCCCGCUUCGGGCCGCUGCACUUCGAGCGCCGGGCCCGGUUCGAGGUGGCCGACGAGGACAAGCAGUCCCGGCUGCGCUACCAGAACCUGGAGAACGAUGAGGACGGAGCCCAGGCCUCUCCGGAGCCGGAUGGGGGAGUCAGCAACAGGGAUUCCAGCCGAACGUCCAUCCGCAGCUCCCAGUGGUCCUUCAGCACCAUCAGCAAUAGCACCCAGCGCUCCUACCAUGCCUGCUGCAGCUGGACUCAACACCCUUUGAUCCAGAAGAACCGCCGGGUAGUGCUGGCCUCCUUCCUGCUCCUGCUGCUGGGGCUGGUGCUGAUCCUGAUCGCCGUGGGACUGGAGGUGGCCCCCUCGCCAGGUGUCUCCAGCGCCAUCUUCUUCGUGCCCGGCUUCCUGUUGUUGGUUCCCGGAGUCUACCACGUGAUCUUCAUCUACUGCGCGGUCAAGGGCCACCGGGGCUUCCAGUUCUUUUACCUGCCCUACUUCGAGAAGUGAGCCGCGCGGGCGGCCGGGAACCAGCCUCGUCUCCAAGCGGCCCCAGGGGGCGUUCCUCGGGUCCGCCCCGCUCUGGUUCCCUCAUCUCCAGGGAAGAACUCCGGGACCCGGGAGCCCCCAACCCCCUCGGAAGUUUGCUCAGGAAGUUUGCCCAAUACCCGGGCCUGGAAAAGUCGCCCCUGGCCUGUUCUGUGCCUUAACUUAUUCUCGGGCCCUGGGGCUGCUGGGUUGGUGGUGUUUUGUGCUAAUAAAAGAAUGUACUUCAUUCCA